AUGGGACAGGCCCAGUCAAGCAAGACUAAUCAAAGCGACGGUGAGGCUGGAAACGAGGCCGAGCAUCGAACAGAUUACUACAAACUCCUCAAUCUCGAACGCGAUGCAUCGGAAGAAGAAAUAAAAAAGGCCUACAGGAGGAAAGCUUUAGAGUUGCAUCCCGACAGAAAUUAUGGAAGUGUCGAAGCUGCAACCAAGUUAUUUGCUGAGGUACAAUGUGCAUAUGAGGUUCUCUCCGAUCCACAAGAAAGAGCGUGGUAUGACUCUCACCGCGAUGCUGUUUUCUCCGACGAUACGUUAAACGAUGAUGAACGGACGCCAGGAGGUUUUCGCAUGACGACCGCCGACAUUCUGGCCCUUGUAUUUAAUUUCAACCCCCGCAUGGAAUUUUCUGAUUCCCCCAAAGGAUUUUUCGGUGGUCUCAGAGAUGUCUUUGAUCAGAUUGCUCGAGAAGAAGAGCUCUCCUGCCGUUGGGAAAAUUUGGACAUCAUGGCAUAUCCAAGCUUUGGUUGCAAAGAUGAUACCGAUGGCGAUAUAGUACGCUCUUUCUAUGCGGUUUGGGCCAAUUUUGCCACGAGAAAGUCUUUCGUGUGGAAGGACGUGUAUAAAUAUAGCGAGGCUCCAGACCGCCGCGUGCGAAGGCUGAUGGAGAAGGAAAAUAAGAAGAUAAGAGAUGAUGCCAUACGGGAAUACAAUGAUGCUGUUCGGUCGCUAGUUGCCUUUGUCAGGAAGCGCGAUCCUCGUUACAAGUCAAAUACACAAAGUGAGGCAGAGCGACAACGCAUGCUACGUGAAUCAGCGGCUGCGCAAGCUGCUCGUUCUCGAGCUGCUAAUCAAGCAAGAAUGCAAGAGUAUACGAUCCCGGAUUGGGCCAAGAUGGAAGAAAUUCAGGAUGACUUAAGUAGCAGCUCAGAAUCUGAAGUAGAGCACUUUGAAUGUAUUGUUUGCAACAAGACAUUCAAAAGCGAAAAACAGUUCGAAGCUCAUGAGCGCAGCAAGAAACAUGCAAAAGCGGUUAAGCAACUUCGUACAGAAAUGAUGGUUCAAGAUGAAGAACUAGAACUCUUUGAGGAUCUAAAGCUGGAGGAGAUUCCUGAAAAACCCCCCCGUUCUGAUCUUGGUAGUCCAUCUACGGCUAAACCGGCUUCGGUAACAGAAGAACAUGAGGCUACAGAAUUGGAUUCUAGUCAUACAAAUAAUACUCUCCCAGGUCCGGAUUCUGGCUCCUCACCAUCUGCAUCGGAAGACGACGAUGAUUACACCGCGAGAGAAGAAAUACAGUCCAGGAUAUUCGCUAACUCGUCUAAUCGAGAGGAGUCCGAAAUCAUAACGCCAGAGGAACUCAUACCAUUAUCUUCCGGUAAUGAAAUGAAUACGACCAUCCCUACAAAACUGGGGAAGGCCAAACAAAAAAGAGCUAAAAGGGCAGCAGCAGCACAGGCGUCUGGCUCUCAACAUAUUUGCGGCUUUUGCCGCGAACAAUUUCCUUCUCGAACGCAGCUAUUCACACAUAUAAGAGAGGAAGGUCAUGCUCAGCCGGUUCAGCAAGCACAAUCGCGACAGAAGGCUAAAAAAAUGUAG